AUGGGGGUAAAACGUUUACUGCCAAACCCAAAACAAGUGUCGGGGUUUUCUACCGGCCAUGUACAAUCAACUGGAGUAUAUUGUGAUUACAAUUUGGCGGCGUCUAGUCAGAAAUCCCGUGUAGGAUGUUGGUUUCAGGCGUUUUGGAAUACAAGGUAUCAUGUUUGUACCUUUCUUUAUAAGAGUGGUGAAAUCCACGGAAUAUUCCACAUUGGAACAGCUGACGAUAAUGCCGCACCGAAAAUAUGAACGAGAUAUGAAGAAUUACAAGGAGAAAUAUAAUUAAAUCAAAUGCUUGCUAAUUGACAAAUCAGGCCCACUUCAUUUUAUUCCACAGAUAACGAUCCUGUGCAAGGACUUCUAUCGGUAAAGACAGCGGUUAGACGCCACAAGUGCCUCCAGCACCCCUGCUCUCCUUUUCGUCGGUCCCCACGACGUCACCAAUGCGACCAUGGGAAAUAGCAGUGACUAGGCGGCCACCGACAGCCCCCUUGAACCAGAGGAGGUUCCUAGGAGAGCCCUGCAACACCCCAGUGCACCUCAGGAGAAGCCUGCCAGUGACACGACAGUGGGGGAGUCGAGACCGACCGGUUGUACUGCACGACUCCUCGCUCCAGGAUGAGAACUUCCACCACCCUCUCUUCUCCCAGCAACACCAGCGGGUUCUUUUAGAUGAGGCCAGACAGUACAGCCGCAUGCUCCACCCUGCCGCACACCCACCUCGGCAUCAACAGACCCCCAUCAUGGUGGAUGUACACGACCAGAUGCACCAGGAAUCCGUUCCGAUCUCUUACACUGUUACCACGGUGACGACGCACGGUUUCCCCAUCCACACCGGGCAACCUCUCCCAGGGUGCAACAGUCAGCAGCUCCCAGCAUGCUCGGUAAUGUUCAGCGGACAGCUCUCUCUGCUCUGCUGCCUUCCUCCUCCUCUCAUCCAAGCCUGUACAAUGCAGCAUUUGCCAGUGUCUUACCAAGCUUUCCCACCCCUGAUCUCCAGCGAACAUUUUAUAUUGCACCCCAACCCCCCGGGGCCACCACCCCACCAGCCUCCUCACCUUACUCCUCUCAGCCAGUUCCUCCCUCUCCAGAGGCAGCACCCACGCAUGCCUCUCCAGAGGGUAGAGAAUGAAGUGGACCUCAGGGGGGACCAGCAUCCAUUAGGAACGUUCUCUUACCCUGCCUCGAGCCUCCACCACCCACCAGCGAUGCCUCCCUCUGUCCCCCUCCAGUACCUCCCUCAGGAGCCUCUGCACCAGGAGAUGCCCUCCUUCUCAGUGGAGCCUCUGCACCAGGAGAUGCCCUCCUACUCAGUGGACUUUACCUCCCACCUGCCCUCCCCAGUGCCAUACCCCCACAUGCUGCCGCGACGUGUCAGUGGUCACAGGUACCGGUUACAGCAGCCCCUGCCCCCCCCGCCGCCGCCACCACCCUACUACCCAGGCUUCCUGCCCUACUUCCUGUCGAUGCUUCCUGUGCCUCCCACGGCAGUGGGACCAGCCAUCAGUCUGGACCUGGAUGUAGAUGACGUGGAGAUGGAGAACUAUGAGGCAUUACUGAACCUGGCUGAAAGGCUGGGAGAGGCUAAACCACGAGGAAUCGCCAAGGCAGACAUCGAACAGCUUCCAUCCUACAGGUUCAACCUCGAAAACCAUCAAUCUGAACAAACGCUGUGUGUGGUGUGCUUUAGUGACUUCGAGUGUCGGCAGCUGCUGAGGGUAUUACCCUGCAACCACGAGUUCCACGCCAAGUGUGUCGACAAAUGGUUAAAGACCAAUCGCACUUGUCCAAUCUGCCGGGCGGACGCGUCGGAGGUGCACCGCGAGGUGGAGUGACUGAUACCCAGGCUUUGAGAUCUUUUGAUUGGAAAGCAGCACAAAACUAAACCCACCGGAGCCUGUCUGUCUUAGCGCCUGCCUCGGCCUCAACCUGCCCGGGGCCUUCUGCCACCUACCCUGCCUGCUUCCUGUGGCCUCCUGCCACCACUCCUGCCUGCUUCCUGCGUCCCCCACCACCACCUACCCUGCCUGCUUCCCGCGGCCUCCUGCCUGAUUCCUGUGGCCUCCUGCCUGCUUCCUGCGGCCCCCACCACUACCUACCCUGCCUGCUUCCUGCGGCCCCCCACCACUACCUACUCUGCCUGCACCCCCCCACC